UUAAGACCUUUUUUAUACCCGAGGGCUCUGAUAGAGUAUGUUAAGACACAUCUACGGAUUAAGAAAGCGGUCCGUUAGCCUGUCAGCUAACAUGUGAUGCUUUUGCUGAUCGGACUUUCACGCCAUGAGUGUAAUAUGUGCUGCUAUAAUAUUUGCUUCUCUCCGUUGCUGUGAUGGAAACCUGCGCUUCGCCUCCUACUAUGGAGACCACAUGGUGCUGCAGAAGUCUCCACAGAGAGCUGUGCUGUGGGGAUAUGGUACUGAUGGAGCCCAAGUCACCGUCUCCUUGUCAGGACCAGUACCACAGAAAACCUCAUCAGCCCCAAUGACAGAAGGAAUUUGGCAAGUCACCCUUGACCCUGUUGUUGCUGGUGGUCCUUACAAUGUGACUGCAGCCUCCCAGAACAGCACAGUUAUUCUGACAGAUGUGCUGUUUGGAGACAUUUGGCUGUGUGGAGGCCAGAGCAAUAUGUACUUCAAAACAUCUCAGGUUUUUAAUGCGUCUGAAGAGCUGGCAAAUGCAACUAAAUAUCCUCAUCUGAGGACUUUUAUGGCAGCUUUGAAAAUGAGUGACACUGAGCUGACUGAUCUAAUCCAGGUGAAGCUGCCCUGGUCUGGGCCCACAUCCACUGCACUUCCAGGUGUUGUGGCUGAGUUUUCUGCCGUGUGCUGGCUCUUUGGACGUUACAUGUAUGACUACUUGAGGUACCCCAUAGGACUUGUGGAGUCCUGUUGGGGAGGCACACCAGUGGAAGCUUGGUCUUCUUCAGGAGCCCUGCAGAAAUGUGGACUAAAGCAAAGUGAGGACAGCCCUAAAGAGAGAAAUUCAGUUUUAUGGAAUGCAAUGAUCCAUCCACUGCUCAACAUGACCAUCUAUGGAGCCAUCUGGUAUCAAGGAGAGGCAAAUGCAGACUACCAUCAAGACAAGUACAACUGUUCUUUCCCUGCAAUGAUUGAUGACUGGAGGAAGGCUUUUCACCAGGGUUCACAGGAGCAGACAGCUCACGACUUCCCCUUUGGAUUUAUUCAACUUGACACCUACAGAAUCAACUCCACUGAUGACGGCUUUCCGGACAUCCGUUGGCACCAAACAGCAGAUGUGGGCUUUGUCCCAAAUCCCGUGAUGAAGAAAACCUUUAUGGCUGUAACGUUCGAUUUACCUGAUAAAACUUCACCCUACGGCACAAUCCAUCCUCGUGACAAGCAGGAUGUAGCUUAUAGACUGACACUGGGUGCCAGGGCAGUGGCUUAUGAUGAAGAGGACGUGCUUUUUCUUGGACCUUUCCCCAAACUAAUCUGGUCUACUGAAACAGUCAUCAACAUUACCUACGACCAGGUGGUCUCUGUCACACCAUCCAAAGACAUCUUUGAGAUCUGUUGCUCAGUAAAGCGUCCAAACGAGUCAAAGUCCCAGUGGGCUCCAGCUGCCAUUGUGAACUGGGAUCCAACUUCUAUCCAGUUAUCUGCCACUUACUGUCAGCCCCCUGAUGAAGUCACGGCUGUCCGAUAUGCCUGGAGAGAUUGGCCUUGUGACUUUAAAGCCUGUCCUGUCUACAGCGCCAGCAGGAUUUUACCAGCACCUCCUUUUAUUGUCAAUAAAGAUCCAGGUGAAGGAAACAUUUGGAAAAGCUCAAACUGAAAACUAAAACUGUGAAGUGAUUUACAAGCAAAAAGUGUUUCCAAGUUCUUUCAUGGUUAUUUCUUAGGACUGGUUUAGGGGCCUGAUAAGGAAAACACCAAUUUUCUUUUUUUUUUUUUUUUUUAAAUGACCUGAUGCAUAAACCUUUGAAAUUAAGUCAUUUUAUAUGUGACUAAUAAAAACUGCUGCGGAAGUGCAAAAAAUGUGGAUUUUAUAAUUUUUUUUACUGUAAACAAUCUGUACUGCAGUUUAAAAAAAAAUA